AUCCGUCGUCAUGAACAUCAUUUAGAUAAUUUGAUACUGACCAUGUUUGGUGUUAAUUUACACUUUUCUGGUUUACCCAAGACUUUUGACAAAAUCAAAUGUAAAAGCUGUUAUUAAAUCAAUCAGUUAGUUGCUAUCAAAUGGAAUAGAAACUUGUAAUAUUAGAAUCGGAAAUGUUUUCAUUACCUUUUGCUGUUGUUUCUUGUGGUUGAUGGCUACCUUAAAAGUGUAAAAGGCGAUGGGCCUAAGUUUACCAAGGAAUACUAUGUGGCAAACUUUUCAGAAGCCUCUUCACGGGAUAUGUUUGUUACAAAAGUGGCAGCCAUUGAUGCUGCAUAUAGUGAUAAUGUGGAAGGAAAGUUAAAGUACUCCAUUGAGUCUGGUGAUUCUUCUGGUAUCUUUCGCAUUGACCCAACCAAUGGAAUUGUUAGACUGGCUAAAGAUCAGUCCUUUAUUUAUGAUGUUUUCACAUUAAAUGUUUCAGUUUCCGAUGGAAAGUUUAAAGAUUAUGCUAGCUUGACAAUCAAAAUUUUGUCUGCCAACAAACAAAGCCCAUUAUUUACUCGCCCUUUCUACAGUACCACAGUUGAUGAGCGAGCUCCAGUUGGAACUCACAUUGUGACUGUUGAAGCUUACGACAACGAUGAUGGCAUUUACGCUGAAGUUACUUAUUCUAUUUUUAGUUCCUAUUUACUGAGAUGGUUCAAGAUAGACAGUAAAACCGGUGACAUUACUACAGUUGCACCCCUUGAUAAGAAGAAACAUCAAAGUUACAGUCUUACUGUUUUAGCCAAAGAUGGUGGCCAUCGGAUUGGCUUAGCUAUUGUUAAAAUAUCUGUGAAAAGUGACAGUGACAAUCCACCUCAGUUCCUAGUUGAUAAAUAUGAAGUUGCCGUUUGCUCCAAUACAGCUACUAAUACCAACAUUUUACCUGUGAUCGCUUUUGACAAAGAUUUACUAUCUCCAUCUAGAACCUCUAAAAAUCGUAUUCUCUACUCCAUCUCACACAUUGGUUUACCCGAUAGUCCAUCAUCCAGGCAAUCAACAUCAUCUUCAACGUCCAUCUCAUCACCCUCUACAAUAUCAUCAUCUACUCCAUUCCGGAUUCGUAAAAAGUCAGGUUUAAUUUAUGUUUAUGGUAAUUUAUCCAAUUCUAUUGGUUCUGUGUAUACCUUUCAAGUAAAAGCUGUGGAUGAAGACGGUAAUGAAGCGGUUGUCCCGGUUACCAUUAAAAUCAAUGGUCCAUGUAAAGUGGAGGGAGAUUUUGUUGCUUCAUAUGAAGCAACUGUUUUUGAAACGGCCAAAGUCAAUUCAAUCAUUACUUCACUGAAUGUCACUAAUCCAGAUAAUCUGGAAUUAACAUUGGCUGGAGUCAAUUCAGAUGCAAGUAAAUUUAAACUUGGAGAACAGGGCCAAAUUUACUUAAUUGAUCCUCUGGAUCGUGAAACCGUUUCACGCUACAUUUUGGUUGUGAAAGUGUUCGACAAAAUAUCUCAUACUGUUCGAUAUCUCAACAUGUUCAUCGAUGUACUUGAUACUAAUGACAAUGUUCCCAUUUUUGAUUCAGACUCUUAUUGGAUUGAAGUUUCUGAAGAUCAAGAGGUAGGGUCAUCUAUUGGCCGUGUCCAUGCUUUGGAUAGUGAUGUUGAAAGUUCACAAAAGCCAAUUGUCUACAAAUUGGAAGGUGAUAAACAAAGUGAAACUGGUGAAGAGUAUUUUGAAUUGGAUUCUGGUUUAAUUAAAUUACUCCGACCUUUGGAUAGAGAAACAAAUGAGUGGCAUAACUUAACCGUUACCAUAACCGAUGGUAAAUUCAAUAACCAGACAUCACUUUGCAUAAAAGUUAUUGAUGUGAAUGACAAUCCUCCUCAAUUUAGUCUUCCAUUUUACAAUGCUUCUAUCCGAGAAGGCUCGCCAGUAGGAAUGGUUGUUACAACCAUUGAUGCAUCAGAUGCUGAUGAUGUCAGUGUUAAUACACUCAGCUAUUUCAUAAUCUCAGGGGAUCCUUUUAAUCAAUUCUCUAUCAAAGACACUGGUGAAUUAGUUGUGAACAAACUUUUGAAGCACAAGGAUAAAAGUUUAUUUGAAUUGACAAUUUUAGUUUCGGAUACCAAAUAUAAUUCUACAACUAAAGUGUCCAUUAAUGUUCUUGAGGCCUUGGGACCUAAUUGCCUCAAAAGUGAAUAUGUUGAAAUGGUAUCAGAAGACAUUGAACUUGGAACGGAAAUAUUGACAGUGGAAGCUGAAUCAAGAGAUGGACCAGUAACAAAUGAAAGUGUUCAUUUAUACUAUAGUUUAUUUUUAGACAAUGAUGAAUCCCCAAUUAACUCUAAUUUUAAUGAAAUUGGACUCGUCAGCCCAGAGGAUACUUCAGAAAUGCCUUUUGCUUUAAACUCGAAAACUGGUGUUUUGACUGUCAUUGCUCCGUUAGAUCGUGAAAAGAAAUCUACUUAUUUUUUACUGGCCAAAGUUCAUGAUGACAAAGAACGUGAAAAUAUGUGCAGUUCUGCAAUUGAGAUAAUUGUUUCGGAUAUAAAUGAUAACGAGCCCAAUUUUACAGCCAAUGAAUAUAAUGUCACUAUCCCUGAAGAUGCUGAACUCGGUAUUGUCGUGGGUAAAGUCCAUGCUACUGAUUUGGAUCAAGGACGAAAUGGUGAAGUUCAUUAUAGUCUAACCGAAUCAGCAGAGGACACUUUUACCAUUGAUAAAGAUACUGGCUUGAUACGUCUCAAUAAACCUUUAGAUCGUGAAAAGGUUGAAAAAUAUAAUUUAACUGUAAGAGCCACCGAUUCUGGACUCCCACCACUUUCAUCGUCUGUAAAAUUUAUGGUGUCAUUAGAAGAUGUUAAUGAUAAUUUUCCUGUGUUUACUUCAACCAUUUACAAUGUUUCCAUUGAAGAGAAUGUUUCAAUUGGUACGGAAAUAAUUACAAUUGAAGCAAAAGACCCAGACAUUGGACCAAACGGUGAUAUAACUUAUGCCAUUAUCGAAGGAUCUAAUGAUAACAGUUUUACAAUAGAUCCUAAAACGGGUAUCAUUACAGUUGCUAAGCCUUUAGAUUCGGAAGUUAUAUCUAAUUUCAUUCUUAAUGUUAAAGCAGAGGAUGGUGGCUCACCCCCAUUAUCAUCUAAGGCUUUGGUUAACGUGACAAUUACUGAUGUUAAUGAUAACGGCCCUGUUUGUGAAAGAAGUCAAUAUGUUGAAAUGGUUCCAGAAAACACUGAAAUAGACUCUUAUCUGCUCAAAAUAGCUGCCAAUGAUCCAGAUGAAGGUCCAAAUGGCCAACUUCACUACAAUUUGUCUCUCGACUCUGCUGACUACGAUUUCGACAAGGAAUCCACCAAUUCAAGCAAUCUACCUUUUAAAAUUGAUUCUAGGGAAGGAAUCUUACGAGUUGCCAGUCUUCUGGAUCGUGAAGAGAAAUCACGUUAUCUUUUACGUGUCACAGUUCAUGACAAUCUUGAAAGAGAUCGAACUUGCUCUUCAACAGUUGAAAUUAUUGUCUCUGAUGUCAAUGAUAACGCACCAGUUUUUUCUGGACCCGAUUUCACCUUUCUUGUUCCUGAGGAUGCAAAGAUUGGUAGUUUUGUCGGCAAAGCAAGUGCCACUGACAAAGAUAGUGGUGUCAAUGCUAAAAUUGUUUACUCACUAAUUACUUUAGGUGAAGGUAAUGAUGGAACAUUUACCAUUGAUACAACAAGUGGUUCAAUCCAUACAGCUAAACCUCUGGAUCGAGAAACUAUUCAACGUUAUAAUGUUUUGAUCACUGCAACUGACUCUGGAUCUCCAGCCCUUUUUUCAACUCAAAUGUUUGAAAUUCAUAUUUUAGAUGUUAAUGAUAAUGCACCCAAAUUUACUGAAAACCAUUAUACUACCUCAGUUUAUGAAAAUGUUUCUGUUGGAAUCUCAUUGAUCCAAGUGGUUGCAACUUCUUUAGAUACGGGAAUAAAUGCAGACAUUACCUAUGCCAUUAUUGCCGGUAAUGAAGGAAACUGUUUUACGGUUCAUCCCAAAUCUGGUUCAAUAUCAGUUGUUAAAUCAUUAGAUCGAGAAACCACUCCAGAAUACAUUUUAACCAUUCAAGCAAAAGAUGGAGGAAUUCCUUCAUUAUCAUCUGAGACUAAAGUUACCAUCACCAUUUUAGAUGUCAAUGACAAUGCACCUUCCUUUAAUCAAGCCAGUUACUCAGCAAUUAUCCGGGAAGAUACACAUGUUGGUGAGAAAGUAAUACACAAAGUUGCAAGUGAUGCCGACAUUGGAGAGAAUGGUCAAAUCAAUUACUUCUUUAAACCCUCAAGUCUCUCAGGAUCAAGUGAAACGGCUUAUCAAACGAAAUUCAAAGAGUUUGAAAUCGACCCCAAAACCGGCGUUAUAACCGUGGCUUCUCCUCUAGACAGAGAAAUGUUAUCAUCUUACGUAAUGGAGGUAGUAGCCAUUGACAGAGGAUCUCCACCGCUCUCAUCAUCCAUCUUGAUAACAAUUGAUUUAUCUGAUGUUAGUGGUUAUCCAUCUAAAUUUGACCAGAACAAUUCAACACUUUUCAUACAGGUUUGCAUAUUUAAUGCCAAUGGUACAUACACUUGUCUUGGUCCUAAUGAUUAUCGUGGCCUGAAAUGUGAAAUUGAUGGCCGUCGAGCCUGCAAUCCUAAUCCAUGUGUCAAUGGUGGAACUUGUACUCCUUCACCUGGCUCAAUCAAUGGAUUUCAUUGCGAAUGUCCACCAACUCUUGGAGGAUUAACUUGUGAAAAGUCGCGCUUCUGUUCGAAAUCUUCACCUUGUCUCAAUAAUGGAGUUUGCGAAGAAUCUUUAUGUAAAUGUAAAUCCGGUUGGCGUGGAUCCCAUUGCGAGGAAGAUAUUGAUGAAUGCUCACUAUCAAACAUUUCUUGCUCACCUCCAGCAACUUGUAUUAAUCUACUUGGAAGUUACCGAUGUAUCUGUCCAGUUGAUGUGACUACCUCUGGUUUACCCUCAUCACCUGGUAAACCUUCAUUAUGUGCCAAUUUCAAUCUUAACUCCAUCACAUCUGUGAGUCGAGCUUUUUUCUGGGAUGAUCUCAUUUUACCUGGAAUUUUCCUUAUCGUUAUGUUAUUCUCAUGCUGUGUGAUCAUCUUUUGUUGUUGCUGUUUCAAUCGCCAAUCUUCUAAAUCAAAACGUCGAACCAACAAUCGAGCUCCAAACAAUGUUUAUCGAACUGGAUUAGAAGGUGAUGAAUUCCUUUUGGAAAUUUGUAAUGCAUUCCCAUCAGACAGCAGUGGCAACAUUAAACGCUUCUCAAAAUUAAGUGGAGUUGAAUCAUCAGCUCUUCUUGGUAGACCUUUUUCAACCGAACCUUUACCAAAUCAUCAUUUCCAUCAAGCUCUUCAAGCUUCAGCAGCCACUGGUGGAGGGUUAGGAGGAGUUGGUGUUGGUACACCUAAUGGGCCAGUUUCAAACGUUGGCAAUGGUCAGGCAGGUUUAAUCAACAACCGACCUAAUUCAUUCCAUGAAACAAUGAAUAAUUUUGAUGAAGUCAUUCGGACACCCAUGAGUGAACGAGCUUCAAUCGGAUCUGAUUCAAGACCUAAGAAACUUUCAGUUCCUAAAAACUCGCCAACAUCUUUACCAGCACCGCCUUACUCUGAAAAUGAGUCUAGUCAUCUUCUUAAUUCAUCUAAUGAGAGUAAAAUACAAAACAUAGGUUUUUAAUAAUAACAAAUCCUCUUAAAGAGAUAUAUCUAUCAUUGUAACUUAACUUGGUCAAGACAACGAGAGACUCAAAAGAGCUGCUAAUUUAAUUUGGUGUGAUCUCACAUCCAUCAUCUCAUCUCGACUCUGUAAAUAGUAAAUAUCAAAAUCGUCACUUAUAAAUACCAAUGGAUUAUCCAAUGAUUUAAUAUAAUCAAAGAGAGGAGUAAUACACUAAAUGUGCCAGAAAUUUCCACCAGCGGUUCAUCCUUAUUGUAAUUAAGGAACAACUUUAAAUCAAAGAGAAACACAUGAUUAGUCACUGGGGACCAGAGCUAAUAAUCUUAUUUUGACUUACAAAUAUUCAACUUUCUCGAUAUCAUCAUCUUCGUCAUCAUCAUAAUCAUCCUUAUCACCAGCAUCGUGCUGUCCACCAUAAACAUGAUUCGUCAGCAUUUCGCGUAUCUGACCAUCACAUUCAUUCUCAUGUCUAUUGUAAACAUGUAUCAGUUUCUUCCUUUUCCGCUGUCAUCAAGCCAGUUUCUGCUACUGCCUUCUGAUGGUCGAGAAUUUUUCCGUCUUCAUUCUUCAAGACUUCAAAGAAAUCUUUGUAAUAAAACCUCUAAACUAAACCCCUUCCUCUCUUUAUUUUCUAGUCUCAUUACUUUUAUUUAUGUAAAAAAUAUUCCUUUUUCAUCUUUUCAAACUUUUUCAACAAGUUUGAUUUAUUUUUUCUUGAUGAACAGUAAAAACAUGAUUAACAUUGAGACCAAA